CAGGCGGGGCCCGGCUGAAGCGGAUUUCUCCGGCCGCUCCGCCCCCUCUGCCCCGGGAAUGUCCCGGCCGGGUCCCCGCGGGGAUAAAAGCGGCUGCGGGGCGCUGCGGAGGCUCAGAGCUGAGCCGAGCCCAGAUCCCCAGCACCAGCCUCCGCCGCCAGCCCGGACCAUGAGCCGCCCCCGGAGCCUCGCCCCCGGCAGCCCCCUGCUGCUGCUGCUGCUGCUGGCCUGCGCCGCGCUGUGCCGGGGUGCCCCCAUGGCCGGCGAGCUGCGGUGCCAGUGCCUGCAGACCGAGACGGCGGUGAUCCACCCCAAGCGCAUCGCCAAAGUGGAGCUGAUCCCCGAGGGGCCCCACUGCGGGGUGCCAGAAGUCAUAGCCACCACGAAACACGGCAAGAAAGUCUGUCUGGAGCCCACCGCGCCCUGGGUCAAGCUGAUCGUCAACAAGAUCGUGAACAGGUACGUACCCGGGGGGUGUGUCUGUUUGUGUUGUGCCAGCGGCCCGUGGGUGCAGCUCUAACGCCCGUUGUCCCGUGUCAUGGGAGCGCGGGCAGCAGACUCGGUCUGCAGCAGGUGUCCGUGUCGCAGGGACAAGGGGCGAGAUGGGCCACUGAGUCUUAACCGGUGGAUACUUCUCAUUACAAACCGCGGGGCCAAGCUGGGCCAAUCCGUCCAGCUCCAUUAUAGGGGGAGAAACUAAGCCCAGGUGUCAUGUAGGAAAACGAGUUUAAAUAAGUGUCUGUACUCCUCCCAAUUAACCCGGUGCUACCUGUGCCUGGUGGGGUCCCUGCCACUAAAUGCCAUUGAUGAGAUGUAUCAGCACUGUUCCUAUUCCUUGUUUCAGAGUAGCAGCCGUGUUAGUCUGUAUCCGCAAAAAGAACAGGAGUACUUGUGGCACCUUAGAGACUAACAAAUUUAUUAGAGCAUAAGCUUUUGUGGACUACAGCCCACUUCCUCGGAUGCAUAUAGAAUGAAACAUAAUUUCAACAAUAAUUUCCAUCCCACCAUCAACCUCAGCCUAGAUCAAUCCACACAAGCGGUCCUUUUCCUGGACACUACUGUUCUAAUAAGCGAUGGUCACAUAAAUAUCACCCUAUACCGGAAACCUACUGACCGCUACACUUACCUACAUGCCUCCAGCUUCCAUCCAGGACACACCACACGAUCCAUUGUCUACCGCCAAGCUCUAAGAUAUAACCGCAUUUGCUCCAAUCCCUCAGAUAGAGACAAGCAUCUACAAGAUCUCUAUCAAGCAUUCUUAAAACUAUAAUACCCACCUACUGAAGUGAAAAAGAUAUGUUCCAUUCUAUAUGCAUCCGAAGAAGUGGGCUGUAGUCCACGAAAGCUUAUGCUCUAAUAAAUUUGUUAGUCUCUAAGGUGCCACAAGUACUCCUGUUCCUAUUCCUUGUGACACACACAGCGCCCACGGAGGGCAGCUGGAGGCUAGUGCACAGGGAAUGGCACUUGUAACGUGUGUUCUGUUGUCUGACUGUUGCAGUCAAUCGACCAAGCUGUGAGGGGAGAAGAGAACAUGAACAAGGAACUACAACAGAAACUACCUCUGUGUACAAGGGAAACCAGUGUGAGAGACAAUGGGAACCCGAGGCUGGACAACUAGCCAUGAUGAACUCUCUUCUUUUGAAGGUCUGAUAGACCAGCCUGCGCUCCAUUCAACUUCCACGCGUUCCACUGAGUUAUUACAACCUGGGCUUAUUUGUGUAUUUAUUAUUAAUUCAUCUCUGUAUCGCUCUUCAAUGGCUAGGUAGUUUUUUUGUUAAGCACCUUAGAUCUUCCUGAUCACCUGAAGGGAUAAUGCUGCAGUAGUGGCUCGAGAGAUGGCUUGUGAUUAAUCUAAUACACAAUCCAAAUAGCCCCUCCCCUCGGAUCCCCUGAGCAGCUCACGGUGGGAGUACUGUGGAGCUGUGCCUUUCACAUGGGGCAUGUGCACGAUGCCUGCUGGGUUGUGAAUAAUCAGAGUUUCAGAUCCUGGAGCUGCCCAGCAUUGAGCCAAAAGUGUAAGAUUACAAAGUGAAAUCCAAUUAGAACAAGCACCGUAAUUUGUUACACUCCUGAAAUGUGUUGCCAAGGCACAUAUCCCUGGGACACAGGAUCAGUUGCUUGGCUAGGUGAAACAGACUAGCAGCUGUUCUCCUUUCAUAAAGAUUGCUUUUCUAUAAAAAUGUGGCUUCCGGUCACUAGCUGUCGUUUCUGCAAACUUUUUAGCGCUCUCCUUUGAUGUGUUAAAUUAUUUCUAUGCAAUUUAAAUAUUUGGCAUUUAUGCUGAAAGUUUAAGAACAGUAACGUUCUGAACACCCUUGGACAUUUUAUGUCUGCAUUGUAUGACAUACUGUCAUGGUCUGUGUACAAGUGGUAUUACAAAUUGUACUGGACUAAAAUAUUUUCUGAUUAAAAGUGGUUUGAGUCUUCAACUCC